CUGAUCCCGACCGAUAACCAUACCAUAUACCUCACGAUGAGUCCAGGAUCAAUCAACCUAUCACCCCUCGAACGAUUUCUGUCGACCUCCGACCCGGCCAGUGCCCCAGAUGAGCCGAGUCUCGACCUGGAGAACAUCUGCGCACUCAGGAACCGGUCGAUGCGAAAAUUCGUACGCGCCCUGGAGAGCAUUGCGGCUCGGUACGAGGGCGACGGGGACGAGGAAUCGGACGACGUGAUCGAUCUGGAUCAACUACAGGUCAUCGAGGACCGCGGAUACAUCCUCAAGCGUCUCUCCCACAAUUCCCAACCCUCGCCUAGUUCCCUCAAGGGCAAAAACAGGGCGGAUCCCCGCCUCGAAAUCUUUGAACUCCUCGAUCCCACCUCCCAGGACGCAGAUGAUCAAGACGAAGAUCAGGACGAAUGGGCUGGCCAGCAUGAUGAGGAUGAUGAUGGCCAUCUCGACGAAGAUCAGAGCGGUAGCACCGAUGAUGAAGAUUACAACAGCGACGAUUCGGACUCCUCACCUAUCAACUCAAUCCCUUCAUCAUCCUCAUCCUCAUCAUCAUCAUCGUCCUCUCAAAAGAUCCGACGGAAAGAAGAGUCAAACGGAAAGCGGAAAAAAUUAGACAUCUUGCCACCACCGACGAGCGACUCGAGCACGAGCCAAUCAGCUCCAGACUCGCUCACAGACCAAUCCACGCCUAGGAUAUCAUAUCUAGAUUCACAAGAUACUGUCACCAAUGCUCUUUUCGAAAGGCUUAAAAAACGCGUCCAGGAACGAUCCUCCGAUAUCACAAGACAUAAGCUCCAUAAGGCAUCAAUCUCCCGUAAUUUGUAUCGACCGGAUGAUGAAUCGUGCGGGUUUUCAUCUCCCAGCUCGUCAUUAAUCACCUCGACCUCACUGUCCUCAGUACUGACCACGACUGAGCCGAUGAUCUCGCCGUACCUACAGCGGCUUCUGCAUCCGUGUGUCACGGGAUCAUCUCGGCCGGUGCAAGACAACCGGCCGAGGGCGUUGCUCUCGGUCCCCGUGACGCCCUCGACUCUGCGCCAGAAGAGCUUCCAGCCGACGAGCGAGACCGGUGGUGCCCUACACACUUCGCCCCAGACCUGCUCCGUCCUUCGCAAACGCCCCCGCCCUUCCUCCCCCAUCUUCUCCUCGCCUAGAACUAUCUCUUCCUCAAUCCGCCCCGCCUUGCUCUUCCCUUCCCCUCCAAACACCGCUCAUAAAGCUAAAAAAUUCAAGCCUCACUCUCCCUCUCAACCUCCUCCUAUCCCCAAUCAUCUCCGCAAUCAUCAUCAGAAACAUCAACAAGAUCCGCAGGAACAGGACCAUAAUCAUGCUGAUGAUCAAGAUGAAGAGGAAGAUGACGAAAAAGAAAGACGCGCUAGAGAAAGCUCAGAAGAUCCGAUGCUCCUUCCCGCUAGCUCCAAAAAAUCAAAAAUCAAAACAAAAUUCAUUGAUAGUUCAUCAAGUUCUACCACUUGACCAAAAAAACACAACACCAAAAAACCCUGUUUUAAUUUCCAUUUUUUUAAAUGCAGAUUCACUAAUUGUAAAAGUUUCAAUGUUAUUCUUUAUGAUGUCUUUCUUUCUUUCUUUGGUGAUGGCAAG